UCAUAAAGAGCAUCAUUAUAAAUGUAAUAUUGCACACCUCUUUCACCAUCACGAUCUAAAAUCCCAAUUAGGUGCUUGGGAAAUUCGAUUACUGUAAUAACAGUGGGGCAGAGAAAUACGCCAUGCUCUAGUCUGAAACCGACGGGAAACCGAAAGUUUGAAACUAUUAUACUUCUGAACUGUUUUACUUUCGAUUCAAAACGUAUUUCACUUUGGAGCUUGUAAAACAUAAACCGUUUUGGAGGGGCUCUUUUUGAGAAAGCAAUGCGAAGUUUGAUGUGGAUAUAACAAAUCCAACAGCGAUUGAUGUGCAUCACUUUUUUUUUCUUCUAGGCUAUAUCAACAGGUUCAUUUUAACUGAAGCUUUUGCGGCAGUGAGAUGGGAGAUCGUUGCAGGAACAUGCGGUUACGAGAGUGGCUGAUUGCUCAGAUAAACAGCGGCAAUUAUGCAGGGCUGAGUUGGGAGAACCCUGAAAAAACCAUGUUUCGGAUUCCUUGGAAACACGCAGCUAAACAAGACUACAACCGGGAUGAGGACGCGGCUCUUUUUAAGGCCUGGGCGGUGUACAAGGGCAAGUUCAGGGAAGGGAAGGACAAGGCUGACCCCUCUACCUGGAAGACACGACUUCGCUGUGCAAUGAACAAGAGCACCGACUUCCAGGAGGUCCCUGAGCGAAGCCAGCUGGACAUCUCGGAGCCGUACAAGGUGUACGAGAUCAUGGACGAGGGGGACAAGAAGACAGACCCACCGGACAGCCCAGUGCCCCCAGCCCAGCCGAUCUAUAGCAGCAGCCAGCAGCACACGCCCCAGAGAGGUCCUCAUGCUCUGCAGUCUCAGUUCCCCAUGGAGGUUGAUAGUGAAUGGGAGAAGGUGACUGAGAAGCCCAGUAUGCAGUACCAGGCUGCUGCCCCACUCAAACCUGGAGACAAUAACAGACAUGUGAAGGGAACGUUUUAUACAUGGACAACACCUGGAACCCAGGCACCUGGGAAAGCCCAGACCUUCCAGGCAGCACUGCGCCCCUACCCAACACAGCUCCAGAUAACAGAUUUCCGCAUGAACGUGUGCCUGUACUACCAGGGCACGCUGGUAGAGAACUUCACAAGCAGCACGAUGGAUGGCUGCCGGAUCCUGCAUGGCUCGGUGCCCGUGGAGAACGAGCACAUCUACGGCCCGUCCAGCAUGGAACAGCUCCGCUUCCCCUCUCCGGAGAGAGCCGGGGCUGACAAGCGGGUCGUCGAGGCCAUGAGCCGCCUGCUGCCCCACCUGGAGAGGGGUGUCCUGCUGUGGGUGGCCCCAGACGGAGUCUUCCUCAAACGCCUCUGCCAGGGCCGGGUCUACUGGGCCGGGCCCCUCGCCCCGUUCUGUAACCAGCCCAACAAACUGGAGCGUGACAAGACCUGCAAACUGAUGGACAUGCAGCUCUUCCUUCAAGAGCUGGAGCUGUACAUGCGAGAAGGCUGUCCGUGUCCCCGCUUCCACAUCGACCUGUGCUUCGGAGAGGAGUUCCCUGACCCGCCACAACACAAGUCCAAGAAACUCAUCACUGCGCAUAUCGAGCCCCUGUUUGCCAGAGAGCUGUACAGGGACGCCCAGCGGAUUGGUCCGGGGACCCCGCACAGCCUCCAGGUACCCAAGACCAACACAGACGAUGGGACCCACAGCAUCACCAAGUAUCUGGUGCAGUGAGUGAUGGUACCAUUCUCCUUGAGCACUGUUCUCAUUGGACCAGAUACUCGUUUCACUGACCUCCGAUGACAGCUUCCGGUCUUCCACUGAGCCCUGAAUAAUGAGUGCUGUACUGAAGCAGCCUCAGUACUGAGUGAGCUUGCAGGGAGAGAGAGAGAGAAAGAGAGAGAGAGAGGAGAGCAGCAGCACAGGGUUCAUCCAGCAGGCUUUCCACAAUGGGAUUCCAGUCAGUGGAAACUCAGCUAACUCAUCUCAGUACAGCUGAAGACUCCAGCCUCCAUCUCAACACUACAUCACCUGAGCUCGGGACUGGUGAGAGUCUACCACGCUCUCGCAGACAGAACCCACCACCCAGAACUGGACACUGACUUCCUCUCUUCUGAGCAGUCUGCUGAUGUGGAGAUCAAUGUUGUACAUCAGUACUUUGAAACACUUUUACUUUUCAUUGAAUUAUAUUUUUUAAGGAAGGAUCUAGAUAUUUUUGUAUGUACAGUAGGGUACCCAUAGAAUAUUCUCUAACUGGAUAUUCUGCACUCUAGAUUGGCUGGUUACGUUUGGAUUUCAGUUUAUUUGAGUACUGUUCUUGUGCCGAUUUGAAGUUUGGCUUUGCAUUGUAUUAAUAGUAACUGCAGAAACUGCAUGAGCAAUAGAUUUGGAGAUGGUUUGAGAAACUGACAAAUAAUGACAUUCUUACAAACCAACGUCUUAAGGCUUUUUAUUUUUGUAUUUGUAUGACUAUCCUGAAAUGUGAAAAACCAAUCUUUUUCUCUUUCCUGUGUUUAUGUACUGAUGAGUUUCCCGAUCCCUGUGAAGAGGCUUCGUGAUUUUGAGUAUUAUCGGGAAUCUUGUGAAUGAGUUGAACGCAUUGCUUUGUGGGUAACCUUAAUUAAAGGUGAUUAUUAUAACUAAGUAAUUAAUAUUUUAUUUUACACAAUAAGCUCCAGGACAUGUAAUUAGAUAUGAACUAAAAUAACAGGGUGGUUAUUUACACUCAUUUAUUGAAUGAUAAAAAAAAAUUCAAAAGCUUGCAUGUUGAUGCAGAGUUCCUUAAUAAGCAACUUAUUCUCGUUCGGCUUUUUUUAAGCAAUCGGAAUUGCAGUGAGCUAAGGAUCAGACAAGACAUUUCUCUUUGCCAAGACCAUACACUGAAUCAUUACAUUUUUUUAAAUGUAUUUUUAAGCUGAAAAAAAAGUGAAUCUUUGAAUUUCUAAUCACUGGUGGCUGUUGAAUUUCAUUUAUUGUUUGUAUCAGUUACUGUUCAGUAAAAGUUUUGAUCGGUUGU